AUGGCAGCUCGACAAGGAGGCCACAUGCUCGCGGGCGUGGCGGCGGCGGCCAUGGCGAACUCGCGCACGCAGUCGCCGUCACCAUCGUCGUCACCUGCGAAUCGAUCACCCGCAGUACCGCGACUCGCUGCGGUCGCACGCGGCGUAGCUCCUCGAAAGUCGGUCAUGUCACGCUUCACACAGUUCUCGAAACCCGUGUCGGUGGUGCCCUAUGCGCCCGAACGACUGAGUAUCACGCAGUCGGCCAUGAACCCCGAGAUGGUCAAAACGAUGAAAGAUAAAGGGCUGCCACAACCCAGGAAAGAAGGCUCCGUGGCCACUUUGUUCGCAGCUCUUCGGAUGCGACGGGUGCUGCACCGAGUGCAGGCUGAGCACGAAGAGCAGUCCGGCCCUCGGGCGAUCGUUGACGAGACGGAGGCCAACCUCGAGCGACACCUCAAAGUGCUCUCGAGGUAUAAGAUCCGGCAGGUGGACACGGACGGAGACGAAGGACGAUACCUGCGCAACCUUCCGCCCUUGAUGGUGAACCCACACAGCACCCUGUUCAAGAUUUGGCAACUAAUCACUUUAAUUAUCAUCAUCUACCAGAGCAUCAUGCUGCCGUUCAACCUGGCAUUCGGCUCCAACGACACCACAGCGAUCGAUAUCCUCAUGAGCAGCAUAUUCGCUUUGGAUAUCGUUAUCGCGUUCAACACGCCCGUAGCAGAAGACACCGACGAGACAGGAUACAUCAUGAAUCGGUGGCAUAUCGCCGCCAUCUACUUACGCGGAUGGUUCUUCUUCGACUUGCUGGCGUGUAUGCCCUUCGACUAUGUAUUAUUACUCGUCAACAACUCAAAAAGCAACCUCAGUGUGCUGGGACUGCUGAAGGCGCUGCGCGUGCCUCGACUACUUCGACUGGUGCGGCUGCUGCGUGUUGCCAAAGUCUUCAAAAUCCGACCAGAACUGCGACGAUGGCUACAGUAUUCGCGUCAUGCCAACCUCCUCAGACUCGUACGCCUGGUGGUAUCCUUCCUUGUCAUAAACCACUACGUCGCGUGCUUCUGGUUCGGCCUCAUCAUGUCGGAACAGACCCGCGCUCUGGACCCGAGCACGGACUCGUUGCACCUGUACAUCGUUGCGUUAUACUCGACGCUGCUCGUGGUCAUGGGCCAGAACAUCACCGUGUACGAAGAGACCGAGUAUUUAUUCUGCAUCCUUGCCAUGGUCGUGGGCGCCGUGCUGAUGGCCGUCGUCUUCGGUAACGUGGCCAUCCUCAUCGCGAACUACUACGAGGCGCAGAGCUCGCACCAGAAAAAGAUGGAGUGGCUCUUUGCCAGCAUGAACCGGAUGAAGCUGCCGUACGAUCUACAGAACCGCAUCAACGCGUACUACCAGGCCAUGUGGGAGCGGCACGGCACGCUGGACGGCGCCGUGACUGCCUUCAUCCCGGAACUCUCUCGAAAUUUAGCCUACGAGGUGGAGUUAUUUCUUCGCAUGGACAUGAUCAACCGCGCGCCUAUUUUCCAGAACUGCAGCGCCAAAGUCGUCCAGGAGCUCGUCAUGGAGCUCGAGCUGCAGGUUUUCAUGCCCGGCGACUACAUUGUCGUGCGCGGAGAGGUGGGGAACGACAUGUACUUUGUGCAGAACGGAAUCUGUGAGGUCACGAAGGAGAUCGAACUGCCGCCUGUGUCGAUGCCCAGAAAUCCUUCUCGUUUGUCCCAAGCCUCACAGGCGGCACAGGCGGCGCUGCACUUCCGGGGCUCUCACUCAACGAGGGAAUCGAACUCGAGCCACACUUUGCCACAACCAGUCUCACAAGGGCCAAUCAAGUCCAAGGAGGUCGUGCUGAAGAUUCUAGGACCAGGUGACUACUUCGGAGAGAUCGCUCUGUUGAUGAACUGCAAGCGCACGGCAAACGUUCGGGCUCAAGUCUUCUCGGAGCUCUGUACGCUCACGCGCGAGGUGUUCGAGAGUAUCUCCCAACGAUACCUCGAAGAUCGGAAUAUUAUCGAGAAGUUUAUCAUGGACAAGUACGACCCGAGCAUGCUGCAAGCUGCCAUGAAGCAGUCGCAAGAGGUCAGUAUGCGAGGCACAGGCGCCGCUGCUGCGGCUGCAGCUUCAAGGACGACUGUCUUUCCGAGAUCGAACGCUCCUGGUUCUCCUGCUGCGAGUCACGCGAUGAGCUUCGGAGAGGGCGUCUCACGCGGGGAGACUGCGACGGCGAAGAUCACGGGCUUGCUGACCAAAGUGCUCGAUCGCAUCGAUCACCUGGAAGACCAGCUCGGGAAAGAGGCCGAGGCUCGACGAGAGAGCGACACCAAGCUGCGGAUGAGUCUGCAUGAAGCUGCGAGGCGUCUCUCGGUCAACUCCCGAUCUCCUGGCAGUAGUAUGGCAGAGCCCCGCGCUCUACCCAGACACCCUGCUGCGCUCAGUCGCCACGCGGGCAAGUCCGUAGCGGACGAGCCUGAGCGAGUCUCACAACGCAACUUAAGAGUCGCAGAGCACCUAGCGGAAUUGGAGGCCAAGGAAGCUCAGAGCAAAUCCCCGGACAAACCCGCAGAAGCAGCUAAGCCUGCAGUAACCGAAGCCGCUUCAAGCCCAGAGGAGCUGAAGCUCAACAAUCGCGCUCUGAAGGCGCUUCGGAGCUGGCGCAACAUUCGACGCGACAAUUUGGGCCUCGGCAUGCGUCUGCGAUCCAGCUCCAAGACGCAUUUGGGCCAGCAAGGCUACACGCCGGGCAUUGGCGUUGGCAUUGGAGUCGGAGGCGCCGGCAGCAGCUUCAGACCAGGGUCAGGAGCGACCUCAGCUCGUCGACAUUCAAGCACGCGCAGUGUAUCCCGCGCUCACGAUACGAUUGGUGGUGACUCGGCGCUGCUCAACCCUGAACCGGAGCUGCGAGCAGGAGAAGAGGAGGAAAAGGAGGAAAUCACCGACCAGUUUCCUUCAGGCAUGCUCGAUGAUCUCGCCAACAAACUCGAUCCGAGUAGUAAAAGUUAA